AUGAAGCAUGGUUUUGUGCAAAAUUAUCUUGUUUGGUAUUUGCACGGUGAAACUGAAGUGCAUGACGGAUAUGGUGAUACAGAUUUAGACAUGUCUUAUGGUUCUGACAGUGUUAAUCACCCAAAUUUCAAUCGUUUUGAGGACAUGGUCAUGGAUGCAACAAGCUAUCAUGUAAUGCAUAAUGAUACAUAUGAGAUGCCAAACUCGGCUGCACAGAAACUGUAUGAUAUGUUAAAUGCAUCUAAGCAACAACUAUGGCCUGGAUGUGAAACUCACUCCCAGUUAUCAGCUGUUUCACGUUUACUAAAUCUGAAGGCGGAACAUCAUUUCUCAGAACGGUGUUUUGAUCAGAUUUGUGAACUCAUGAAGGAGAUGUUACCGAGUGACAAUGUCAUGACGGACAGCUUUUACUCAACAAAGAGACUAGUCCGAGGAUUAGGGCUUCCUGUACAAAAGAUACACUGUUGUGUGAAUGGUUGUAUGAUUUAUUGGGAAAAUGAUAAAGAACUUACACGAUGCAAAUUUUGUGACCAUGAAAGGUUCAAACGCCUGAAACACACCUUGGGGAAAGGGAAGAGUCAAAUACCAUACAAAAAGAUGUAUUACUUCCUCAUUACACCAUGUUUGCAAAGACUUUAUGCAUCGUGUGUUACAGCUAAGUAUAUGACUUGGCACAAUGACCAUGCAACUGAGGAUGGGGUGAUGCGGUGGAGCACAGCAGGACGCACUGCAUGUCCCUACUGUAUGGAAAACACAGAUGCAUUUACAUUACGAAGGGGGGGUAAACAAACAUGGUUUGACAGUCAUCGGAAGUUCUUGCCUGACGACCACCCUUUCCGUCAAAACAAGACAUCUUUUAUUAAAAACAAAUGUGUAUUGAAGUCACCGCCGCCAAUUAGAACUGGGGAAUACUUGCUAAAAGAAAUUGAGCAAAUUGGGUUGAGGCGGGUUAUAGCCAUUGAUAGUCAUGAAAUAAAUUGUCGGCUUUCAAAGAGAACUGGUUGGCGUAAGCGGAGCAUAUUAUGGGAUUUUCCAUAUUGGUCUUCAAAUAUGAUUCGCCACAAUCUUGAUGUAAUGCACAUUGAAAAGAAUGUAUUUGAAAAUAUUUUCAAUACAGUUAUGAAUGUGGAGGGGAAGACAAAAGACAAUAUAAAAUCAAGGGAAGAUUUAAAUGAAAUUUGCAGGAGACCAGAAUUGAAGAAAGAUCCAAUUAGCCGGAAAUAUCCAAAAGCAUGUUAUUGUUUGGAUAACCAAUCGAAGAUGAUACUGUGUGAUUGGCUUAAAACACUCAAAUUCCCUGACGGAUAUGUUUCCAAUCUAGGGAGAUGUGUUGAUAGUCGGAAGCUUAGACUUUUUGGUAUGAAAAGCCACGACUGUCAUGUUUUCAUGCAACAAAUUCUUUCUAUAGCUCUCAGAGAGUUCUUACCAAAUAAUGUUUGGCAACCAAUAACAGAGCUUAGCAAUUUCUUUAGAGAACUCACCUCAACUACACUUACUAAUGGGGACAUGCAACGGUUAAAUGAACAAAUUCCUGUGAUCCUUUGUAAGCUUGAACGAGUUUUUCCUCCAAGUCUAUUUGAUUCAAUGGAACAUUUACUAGUACACCUUGCAUAUGAGGCAUUAAUUGCAGGACCAGUACAAUAUCGGUGGAUGUACCCAUUUGAGAGGUACACGUACUAA